UCUGGGUACAAGUUUUUCCAAGAAUUUAUUUUAUUUCGCGGGAAAGUUCUGAACAACAUGGCGACAGAGGAGCUAGAAAACAUAUUGAAAAAACUUUUAGUGCCUGAUAAUGCUGUUAUUCAACAGGCAACAUUACAAUUGAAAACAGCUUUCACGAAACCGGAUUUAGUUAUACCCGCACUUGUACAACUCCUACAAAACUCAGAAGAUCCUACUAUACGUCAGUACUGUGCUAUCCUGUUGCGAAGAAGAGUUGUAAAACAAUGGAAAAAAAUACAUUCUGAUGUCAAGAAGGGUUUGAAAGAGCUUUUGUUGCAGAGUGUUACAAAAGAAUCAGUUGUAUUUGUUCGUGCUUCAGUAUGCCAAGUGGUGGGAUCUGUUGCUCGUCAUGAGCUGAGUGAUAAUUUAUGGCCAGAACUAAUGCAAUUUAUAUCUGCUUGUGUUGGAAGUUUAAGCUGUGCGGAACGUGAGAGUGGCUUUUGUUUACUUCAAGCUGUAUGUGAGGCUGCUCCAGAGCAGCUUCGUCCUUGGUACAGAGACUUAUUUCCUGCAUUUCAAACUGGUCUAGGCGAUGCACAGUCAAACCUUAAUGCUUACUAUGUAAUCAAGUGUAUCACUCCUCUGCUGCAAUUUUUUGGUUCAGAUGAAGAGGUCCUCUUAAAGCCAAUGUUGGGGCAGAUCAUGAUCGUGGUUAAGGCUUUACUAAAACAGGAUGAGGAUAAAGCAAAUGAAGCUUUAGACAUAUUUGAUGAAUUAGUCCAAAUUGAAGUUGGCAUCAUUGUACCUUAUGUAAAAUCUCUUGUUGAAUUCUGUAUGCAGAUCAUGAGUUGUGGUGACUUGUCUGAAGCGUUACGCGUAAAAGCACUAUACCUAGUUUGUUGGGCGUGUCGUAGAAAGAGUAAGACUUUGCUGAAAGCCAAGCUUUUAAAACCUCUGGUGACUUUACUCUUAUCAUUAAUGGCAAUACCCAAUGAAGAUGAGGAGAACGAUGAGGAGGCUGACGAGAUGAACAAUUUGCAAUCAGUUGCUGGACAGGCUUUAGACUUGCUUGCAUUACAUGUAUCUCCAGAAAAGAUUAUUCCUUUAUUGAUGGAAUCUCUCUCACCACUGUUUGGCAGUACCAAUCCAUAUGAAAGAAAAGCAGCAUACAUAGCUCUCGGAGAAUUAGCAGAAGGUUGUGCAGAUUUUAUACGGAACAGAUAUCUUCAAAAUGCAAUAGACACUGCAAUGAAAGGCUUGUCUGAUGAAUCUUUUAUUGUAAGAAAUGCUGCUUUGUUUGCUCUUGGUCAAUAUGCAGAACAUGUUCAGCCUGAAGUCGGAAAAUUUCACGAAAAAGUACUUCCGUUAUUGCUUAGUUUUUUGCAAACCGUAAUAAAUAGUGGAGGAGAAGCUGAUGUUAAACAUAAAGGCACUUUGACAAAACUGUUUUAUGCCAUUGAAAAAUUUACUGAAGGAUUAGACAAGGAGAUCGUUAGUACACACACCAAUGGAUUGAUGGAGGCCUUCUUGUCACUACUGAAAAUAAGCAAGGAUUCACAUACAACAGAACUUGCGAUUAGUGCUAUUGGUGCUCUAGUUACGUCAGCCCAAGACCACCUCACUGUGUUCUUCCCUAUUAUCAUGGAACAUUUAAAAGUAUAUCUUACACAACCAUUAACAAUAGAUACUAUGGAUGUUCAUGCACAAACUGUAGAUACUCUCGGUGCACUAGCAAGGUACAUUAGCCGUGAUGCAUUUUUACCAGUAGCUGCAGAAUGUAUGCAGUUUGGCAUUAAAAUGAUCGAAGAUUGCGACGAUCCAGACUUAAGACGUUGCACGUAUGGACUUUUCGCGUCACUCUCAGUGGUGUUAAAAGAUGGCAUGUCAGAAUACUUACCAACGAUAUGUCCGGUCAUGAUAUUAUCGUUAAAAUCUACCGAAGGUAUUGUGGCUAACUAUGAUUCCAACAACGACCCGUCAUUUUUAGUUGAAGACGAUGUAGAUGAAGAUAUUAGUACUGAUGAUAAUAACGAUGAUGAUGACGAAGAUGAGGAUGGCAUUGCAGGUUAUUCUGUUGAAAACGCUUACAUGGAAGAGAAAGAAGACACGAUCAAUUCUUUAGCAGAAAUAACAGAAAAUGUUGGAAAUGCUAUGAUGCCAUUUAUUGAAGAAAUAUUUAAAGAGAUCUUCUUGUUAAUUGAGUAUCCACAUUCGAACGUAAGAAAAGCGUCGGUCACUGCUGGUUGCCGAUUGUGUGUAGCAUUACACAAGAUAUUAAAGGAAAACAAUGCAACAGAUUUUAAGCCAGUUCACGACUUUGUAAGUCGCACUUUACCGACGUCUAUCAACAUCAUUAACAUGGACGACGAUCGUUAUGUUGUCAUUGCUUGUGUGGAAGUAUUGGACGAUUUUCUUAAAGUUAUAAAGGGUGAUGCUUUCAUUGAAAAGAAGCACAUUGAUGAGCUGGCAAAUGCAAUUUUGAAUGUACUGAAAGGAAAGAUUCAUGCUCAGGAGUUUUUAGAUGAAGAUGAUAGUAGCACAGUUUCUGGUGAUGAAGACGGUACGCAGGCUGAGUUAGACCAAAUGUUGAUCGAGAAGACAGGAGAUCUGUUGCCAUCCUUCGCCCAAGCUAUCGGUGGAGAACACUUCAAGGUCUACUUCAAAGGAUUCUUGCCCGAGCUCAUGAAGAGGACUAAAAAGAACUCUGCGGUAUCUGAGAGAUCUUUUGCUGCUGGUACUGUUGCGGAGAUCUUGCAAGCCAUGGGUUUAUCAGUGUGCGAGUUCGUUGAAACGCUAGCACCUUGGUUGAUGGCUUUGCUGCAAGAUGAAGACGAUGAAGUCCGAAGCAACUCGGCAUUUGCGUUGGGCGUUCUCGCAGAAAACGCUAAAGACGCUGCUAUCUGGUUAUAUGGGAACAUGUUGCAAGUGAUGUUUGGCUUACUAUCAAAUCAACAACAACCGCCCCUUGUGCAAGAUAAUAUAUGUGGCGCUGUAUCCAGAAUGAUUUUAACAGCUCCUCAAGCUCUCCCUAUGGACCAGGUCCUUCCUGUGCUUGUCGGUUGUCUGCCUGUCAAAGAAGAUGAACGUGAAAAUGAAACUGUGACGAAAUGUUUUCUUCAGUUAUACUCAUCCAAUACUUCCAUGCUCCUUCCAUAUAUGGAGAAACUUAUACCAUGGUUCAUUGCGUCAGUUAAGGAUGAAAAGUCAGGCUUAGAAACAGAGACGAGAGAAAAAGUCAAGAUGGUAGUGUCAGAUAUUCAGACGAAAUAUCCUACGGAAUUUGCUCAAGUUGUUUCUUCUGUUAAUUGAUAUGUUGUCACGUUUUCUUUCUGUUAGCUUAGCUAGGUAAAAUAUUUUUGUAAAUAGUCGAAUUUUUAAAGACUUAUUUCAAAUACAAUAUAUAUUAUUUA